AUGCUGGUGAUCCUGUGGGACCCUGACACUCUCCUCCACCAGACCGUCGAACUCCUGGGCUCGAAGCUCAUCCCUGCACUCGAGUCGCCCGAACGACUCGAAGCAAUCCUGAAAGCUUUGCGCUCUUCCAAAUAUGAGCUUCGCACGAUUGAGUUUGCGUCUCCUCAGGACGACCGUCGAAUCACUCGGCUGCUGGAAUUCACCUCGGCGACUCACUCCCCGGACUAUUUGCAACACUUGCGCGAUAUAUUCCAGACAUGGUUAGACGCGGGCUUGAUCAAGCAAGACGGCCACGUCCUGCCAGAAUGCUUCGUCUAUCCCACCACAACCGGGAAGCCCCUACGACCACCCAAAGACCCCUUCGCGCGUGCAGGGUACUAUGCCUUCGACAUGAGCAGCGGCAUCAUGUCAGACAGCUACAAAGCUAUCGUCGCAUCCGCGAAUCUAGCCAGUGAAGGCACAGACAUGCUCGCUGGGUUUGCCAACCUUCCCAACGACAUUGACACGGCGGUAGCACUGUGCAGGCCUCCAGGACAUCACUGCGACGGCCAGCGGGCAGGCGGCUACUGCUACAUCAACAACGCCGCCCUUGCUGUGAGCACGUGGCGGUCAGGGCAUCCGGAGGCGAAAGUCGGCAUCCUCGACAUCGACUUUCAUCACGGCAAUGGGACGCAGGAGAUAUUCUACGCCGAUCCAAGGGUCCUCUAUGUGAGCAUCCAUGGAGAAGAUGAGUUUCCAUACUACACAGGCGCGGCAGACGAAACAGGCAACGGCGAUGCCGAAGGCACAAACAUCAAUCUGCCCCUCAAAGUCGGCAGCUCCAUCGAAGAAUACUUGGAGAAACUCGACUACGGACAGCAGAAACUGGUCGAUUUCAACCCCGACUUCCUCAUCAUCAGCCUCGGGUUCGACACGUUCCAUUCCGAUCCAUUAGGCCAUUUCCAGAUCCACACGGAAGACUACGAGAUCAUCUCGAGGACAACGAGACAUGCGCUCAAGGGCAUACCCACCCUUGUCUUGCUUGAGGGUGGAUAUGUCAUCGACCAACUUGGUGCAAACAUGCUAUCAUUCCUGAAGGGAUGGAACUCUGGCUGA